UGAUGAACCGUAAACUGGCACUAUUCACGAAGCGAAUAUCGAGGAACCAUGUAGACGUCUGCUGAAUAAAUGUCUUUUGUUGCUGAAAACGUUUAUUUAGAGCAAGGAAAAUGGCGAACUUUUGGGAAGAGAACUACUGGGUCGCUAUUAUCAUUGGACUCGCUGGCCUCUCGUUGAUUGUUCUGAUUAUUGUAAUUGCUGUCCUCUGCUACAGACGCUGUUCUAGAUAUGAUUAUGCUCCACUGCGUGACUACAUGUCAUUGCCAGCCAAGCUACAGAAAGAGAAACAAAUGGAAAGAGAUACAAUAAGAGAGUCAGCUCUGCUGAAUUGCCAGUUUUAUCUUCGAGCCCAUGCAGGGAAAUUCACCUUUUCAGGACAUCUGCCAGACAUGGGUAGUCGUGUUGACAAGCAUUGGUUUCUUGUACGUUACUCGUCACAAAGUAAAGAUGUCCUACUAAGCAUUUGUAACAAAGCCACUAACUGCUCUAUCUCUUUCAGCAGUAACACUCAUAAAGUCCUGCGAGAACUUCUAAAAUGUGUCAAGCAUCCGUAUUUGUGGCCAGUUCUAGACAUUGAUUUGCUGGAAGAACAAGACUUGGAAGUGUUGAUUCAGAGAUACAACAAAAGGGGCUCAUUGAAGGACUACAUCUAUCAUGAAAAACCCAAUCAAGACUGGGACAACAAGUAUGGUAUGAAGGGACAUGGGCUAGCACUGAAGGAAAUCCAGUUAUUUGGCAGGCAAAUUCUGGAGGCGCUACUCUAUCUACAAGAUGGAGGCUUUCCCCAGCACUGCCACGUACAAGCUGGUAAUGUUGUCCUAGAGAGAGGAACAUGCAAAUUGUCAGGUUAUGAGAACAUCCUCCUAGGUCACACCUCCAGACUCUAUCCAAUACUCUCCAAGAAGCUCAAGGAUAUCCCUGAGGCUUAUGAUACUCUAUCCUUUGGUCAUUUGGUGUAUGAGAUGGGUUCUGGAACAGCUUUAGACGAUACUGUCGCCAUGCCAGACAGGUCUGACUUCAAGAAGUUGAAACACCAGCAAGUUGUUGAGAUUCUUGAGUUUAUAUUUGAUGCUAACAGAGACUACCCAAGCUUGAGAGAGAUUGUGGAGCAUGAUUUUUUCCAAAACGUCAGACUGAAGGCACUAGAGAAGAAUCCACCUGCUGAGAUUCGACUAACAUCUGCCAUGAGAAAUCUGCUGAAGACAGUCAAGAAAGGACGCAUCCUGAAGACGCCAACAAUCAGACGAAGCACUCCAACCAGACACACAAGGUCAAAGCGUAAAUCUUCCGAAACAUCCCUGAAGAGCAACGAAGCGGAAACAGUGCUGUCUGGGGAACUGGUCAAUAACGGUUCUCUGCCCUCGGCAUCUGAUGGUUAUACAUCUGCCCAAGUUCCCCCCACCCCAGCCACCAUACCCCCACCCCCAGCCACCAUGCCUCCGCCCCCAGCCACCAUGCCUCCGCCCCCUCCUCUUCCGCCACCCUCUGUUGCAGUCAUCACUCCCAGAGCCCAGUCAGAUCUGCCCACCAUAUCUGAGGAGAGGAGUGCUCUUUUGAGCGAUAUCCGCAAGGGUUUAACCCUGAGACGGACAGCAUUGAGUGAACGUGUGUAAGAGGAGCUGAUGUCUUGUAAGAUCUGUCUUUUCAGCAACCAGGAAGGAUAUGUUUUCACAUGCCAGCAGUUCCGUCAGAUAAGUGAUGUAGCAGUUCUUGCUUUCUUGAUACUUCUUGAAGAAUAAUGUACCUGUGAGACAUAAGUCAAAUCAAAACAAUGGAAUACAGAUAUGCUAUAAAUAGGCUAUUAUUGUUGCCAUGAAACAAUAAAAAUCUAUUUUGAGAGCUGAUUGUUCAUGUCUUGUCUAAGCCCACAUGCUGCAUUCAACUUAGGAUUCUGCUGAAGGUACAUGUAAGAGACAGAUAAUUGAAAAGACAGAGGUUCCAUAGUAGCGGUUAGAGCUUCAGACCUGCUUGUCUUUGCUAAAAACCAGUCAUUAGAAUCCUGAGUGUCAAAGUGCUUUAGCAUCACAAAUCUAUUAAUUUGGGGGAGUUGGCUUCAAAGUAAUGACAGUUUUUCUGCUUAUUUUUAAAUCUUGGUUUUAGAAGAGCCAAACAAGAACUGUUCUGAAGAGACUAUAUUUGCAAAUAUUGAAGAGUACAAUGCAAACAGUGUCACAGCUGCCAGUUCUUAACACAGGUGUCUUGUUCUCCACUUGAACGGUGGGAACACGACCCCAGAACACUGAGUCUCGGAGCAGGAUCACACACUACCUCCUCGUUGGAGUUUUACAUGAACACACAGAAAAACUCAUGAGAUUUCGGAGGGCUGCAAAAAAGCGAGAUGGCUUAUAAAGCCGGAGAUUUUGCAGUUUUGCAAUAAUUAACAUUAAUAAUUUUCCAUAGAAAUAAAAAUUUCUUCUUUAAAUAGAAAAGAAUUCAGACCAGAUAUCCAAAUAUUACACCUCCAAGAACGUAGCUAGGCCUAUGUGGACGUCUCCACUGUUGCAUGAUGCUUGCCAGUAACUACCAGCGAUAGCUGGUUGUUCGUUCCUGGCGUUCGAGCAACAGACCCACGAAGAACAAAUUGAGCUGUUCAUGAACAUACGAGAACAAGCUGCCCAAACUCGGCCAGUGAGUUUAUGCAUGCUGCUGGCCCUCAUUCACACUGUUUGAUGAAAAUAUGAUUUACAUGUAGCACUUUCAGGGUCUCUCAUCUUGCAUUAAGUUAGACAUUGUGUCCAAUCUGUGUUGGGAGUAUCUUCUUCAUCGUGGCCAUUCUGAGCUUGGCGUUGUUGACAAUUUUUUGGAGGGGGAAAGGAGAACAAGCCAGUUGAGUGGUUUCUUCAGGCACAAUUUCUUGAAGUGGACCAUGCAUUACUCAACAUAAAAGGGCAAAAUGGGCUAUGACAAGGUUUGGCCUCAGCUUAGUUGAUUGGACAGACUACCUGAAAAUGCAGAACACACGCAAUAUGAAGUCAUUGUCAUUACCAGAACCAAUAGUUCAGCAAAGUAAUGAAAAGAUUUGUCUUUUGGCAUGUCAAAUAUAAAAAUGCAUUUUGUAAUGAAUAAUUGAACCUGAUCAUAAAAGUUGUAUUUUGAGAAAUACUGUCUAUGCAGUUAAUGUAUCGUUGAUGUAUUCUAUGAAAUAUCAAUAAACAAAGUUCCAUUAUGGAUGGCUAAUUAAAAUUUUGACCUUACCAAGCAAUCCACAAUGCUAAGUUAUGUAGUAUAAAUACAUUUAUUUUAUAUAACAAGUAAUUUUUAUAAAGUAAUUUAAAACCAAUUCUCUGCCAAGUUGUCUAAUUUAUUAAAUUGAGUUAUUCUUUUGGUGUAUUCUAUGCAAUUUUGCUGAAACAAGGUUUAGUUACGGAUAGCUAAUAAUAAGUGUGACUGUAAUACAAAGCAAUUUACAAUGCCAAGUCAUGUAACAUAGAUAUUUUAAAUUAUCAGAUAAUUUUUUCAACCAGUGCUUUGCUAACGUUUUCAAUUUUAUACGUCAAAGCAAAUUCCAGCUGACUAGAAACAAAUUAAGAAAUGAAAUUUCUGAUUAACAGAGUUGCAGACUAUCUCUGCAUGAAAUUUUAAAUCAGAUUUUUUUAAGCGUUCAUCAUCAAUUCUAAGCCCUGCGUUUGUGGCAAACUUGAGACAACAUUGACAUGGGGAUAGCAAUUUUUUUGAAGUAGGUUUUUGUCUGAAAUGAUCUGGAUUUGCCCUAUAUCAGAUAGGUUUUUUGAGACUUAACCAUCCUUCGAUGGUGGUACAAAAGUGAAUGCAGACAUCCAGGAACUUAAUAAAUCAACCUAAAGCCUCUUUUAAUAUUCUGUUUGGAUUGAACGGGUUUUCAAGCAGUACUGAGCGGUAACAAAAGAACUGGCGCAUAGUUGCGUUAGGCAUCACUUGUCCUUUUCAUCACCGACUGACCUAAGUCUGACCCGCUCAUGCAGUCAUAACACCGGUGUAAUGGCAAAACCCGCUUCCAUAAAAGUAUUUGUGAAAUUGUAAGACUUCUGUAGCUGUUAUCUUCUCGGGGUCAUAGCUGGCCGUUCUGCUUUUCUGUGGUUUAAUGGAACUUGAACAAGUUUUCAAGGUCCAUACUUCACCCCCAGUCGGCAAUAAUAGACCCUGCUUAUUUACUACCGUCACGGUUGAGGUAAUUCGGCCUCGGCCAGCCAUCUCGGGUGUGUCCCCAAGCCGAGUCACUGCGCCAUACACCAGCUUUUGAGGAAACGAAGAGCACGUCUACUUUUUUGAACAAGCAGGAACUCAAGAAAAUUUAGUUUGGAAAACCUAAUGGAGGACUGUAACUCUCGUUGCCGUGGAAGGUCAAGUAUUUGUGACAAGGCACGCUGACAUGCUGAUUCAAAACUGCUAUGAUUCGCCUGAAAGUAAAAAUGGUUCUUUAAAGAUGAAGACUUACAUCUGCAUCUUCAUUCUGAUCAUCUGCAUCGGUUUGGUUUGUGCCAGUGACAGCAAGGAUGAAAGCCUCCAAGAGUUGUUGUAUGAGCUGCGUAACAAGUUGGCACGGGAAGAGCGGAGAGAGAAAGCAUGUGGUCUUACAACAUGCCCUGAUGACGUGGAGUGUGUAGAUGGAGACUUUGGUCCCUAUUGUGACUGGCCACGGAAGUGAAUGGUCGACCGACGACAAACGAUUGGAUUUGGGACCGCGACAUUGCUCAGAGUUUGUUUGGCCGACAAUUCUCUCUUAUUAGUUUAUCCUUCCAAAUAAAAAAAAUGGUGAUUUUGUGGUUUUACACUUAUAAGAUUCCAAAUACCACCUGAAACCGUAAGCAGUUUCAGAGAAUUCAGUAGAAUUAAUUAGCGUUCGUGUCAGUAGAUUGAGCAAGAUUGUAGUACAGAUGUUGGAAAAGUCCGAAUAUUACAACAAGGCUUUCAUUCCAAGAAUUAUAAAUCUCAAGUUAUUCAGUGCGAAUAACACUUUGCAUUCAACUGUGAAGUUCACUUGUUCCACAAUUAUCUGGUCACCAAGACUUCAAAUUUGCCAGGCCCAAGUGUACAUGUACAAGAAACUGUACAAAGCACACUAUGGAAACGUGAUGUUUUAAGCACUUCGAAGAAAAUGUAGUCCGCGUUUAAAUAUUAGUUUCUUCACCAUCCUUUGUAAUUCUUUCAUUAAUUGUUACAGAAAAAAAUCUGAUUUGACUUAAAAAUAAACAGUGGGUUCUAAUAGCAAAAUCGUGUUCAGUGUUAAAACAGACAUUUUGUGUCCACAUUUCCUCCGAACAAGAAACUGCACGAUAAAUUUAU